UACAUGUCGUUUGGAAAGUGGAACCAAAGUCAGUCCGCCGGAUCGCUCACACGGGACUAUUACAGUGACGGACGCCCGACAAUAACAGCAUGGCGUCGGGUCAUUUGUGUAAACUGCACAGCCUCGUAACGAGACUUUGUAGUGGCACCACACUGCGAAAUGCACAAACAUGUUUGGUGCCAGUGCAACAGAAGUCCACAGUCACUGGUCCUUCACUUGAUGGCCCCGACAGUAAUGUGGAAAUCGGCGUGACGUCCGAUGGGAAAACCGUUGUGUGCUACCAUCCUACUGUCGACAUUCCCUAUGAGCUCACCCAGCCAAUAGAACGACCAGACCUCCUGACCAACCAGGUUGAGACCCACGACCAGGUUUUAAAGGCCCACCUCAGCAAGGAGGUGCUGAAGGACAAAGAGGGGCCGACCAUCGAGGAGCUGAGCAAGAUGUUUUAUACCACCAAACACCGCUGGUAUCCGGUCGGACAGUACCACAGCAGACGCAGAAAGAAGGAUCCUCCUAAGGACAGAUAGUUGAAGGCCAGAGUUACAGAACUGCAAAUGAUGUUUGUCUGCUAUUGUAUAAUAAACUGUUAAAUAUUAA